GGAUCUCUAUCUCUGUGAAUCGUGAUGGCGUCGUCAAGCGAUACUUCAAAACCAGUAAUGGAGAGGAAGAAGAAAGGAGCUCCGAUCAAAUUCUUGGUACCUCUCAUCUACGCGCCUGCUCUUCCUUUGAUUCGGUUGUCUUUGAGACAUAAACCAGUUCUCAGAGACCGUCUCUUCGGUCUUGUCCUCGCCGGUGCUUUUGCUCACGGCUUCUAUCUUGUAACGGAUAUAUAUGAUGCAGAGAGCAAAUGAAAACUUUGGAGUUGCAGCCAUUCAACAAGAGCUCAAUAUUUUCUCGCAUGUCUGUCUUUUAGAUAAAAUAUAUUUUGCUUU